AUGGGUUCCAUUCAAGAAUAUCCAACUAAGGUCGCCGUACCGAAAUACGAUAAAAUAACACAAUUUGCACUACACUCCGACGACCCAUCCCACCUCUUCGAUGUUCAUAAUCCCGCCACCGGAGAAGUGAUUACCACGAUACAAGGGUGUGGAGAAGCCGAAGUUGCAAAAGCUGUCGCGAUUGCACAAAGAGCUUACCAAGAGUGUUGGAAAUGGAAAAGUCCUAAGGAGAGAUCAGAGCUGCUGCUUCGAUGUGCCGACCAUCUAGCAGCUCAUUCCGAAGAACUAGCACUUCUGCUUUCUAUGGAAAAUGGAAAACCUGUCACCCAAGCACGGCAGGCAGAUGUCAGCUUUAUUGUAAAUGUUUACCGUUUCUUUGGCUCCCUUAUCGACAAACUACCUAGCGAGCUGUACGAUCAAGGCAGCAUAUACUCCUCCAUUGUCCACGAGCCAUAUGGAGUUGUGGCCGGAAUACUGCCGUUCAACUGGCCACCUAUUCACUGUGGAGGGAAAUCGGCCCCGGCUUUAGCAGCAGGGAAUACUAUUAUCCUAAAGCCUGGGGAGCAGGCUCCAUUAACCGUUAUGCGAAUUAUCGAACUGGUCUCGGAGAUCUUGCCAAAGGGCGUCAUUCAGGGAAUACCAGCUGUGGGAACUAUAGUACCCGCUGCCCUAGUCUCCAAUCCAGACGUUAAAAAGGUGUCAUUUACCGGAUCUACUCGAGGCGGAGCAGCUAUCAGCAAACUCGCCGCGGAUAAUAUAACUCACUUAUCGUUAGAACUCGGAGGAAAGAAUUCAUUAAUCAUUUUUGAGGAUGCUGAUAUCGAUUUAGCUGUUAGAUCUGCUAUGGAUGGCGGCUAUUUCAACCAAGGAGAAGCAUGCACGGCGGCCUCGAGAGUCAUUGUACAUCGCACAGUUCAUGAUGAGGUGGUGUCAAAGAUGGCGGCAGCGGUUAGACGACUCAAGGUGGGAAAUGGUGUGUUUGAGGAGACACACGUUGGACCGUUGAUCACAAAAGCGCACCAGGAAAAAGUGCAAUCCUUCAUCGAGCUGGGCCUCUCCGAGGGCGCUAUAAUUGAAGCGCAAGCACCUCUCCCUAAGGAUUCUUCCCUCAGUCACGGGUUCUUCGUUGCCCCGACCCUUUUCUCCAACGUCAAAAGGGACAUGAGGAUUGCAAGAGAGGAGAUGUUCGGCCCCAUAGUCACGGUAAAUUCGUUCGAGACUUACGAGGAAGCCAUAUCCAUUGCGAACGAUACGGAGUAUGGUUUGGUCACUGCAAUCUUUAGCAAAGACACCACAAAGGCAUUGAGAGCUGCCAGAGAGAUCGACGUUGGGAUGGCAUUCAUCAACAACUAUACUCGCAUGGCGCUUGGUACUCCAUUUGGGGGAGCAAAACACAGUGGCUAUGGACGAGAACACUGUAUUGAGACGCUCCGAGAGUAUAGCCGGCCUAAGAGUAUUCGGAUCCCAUCAGGACGAGGACCCAUUCCAGCUUGGCAGAAAGUGAAGGACCUCUUUGAUUAUACUGACCAUGGUAAUCCUGCUAUGGCCCAGUGA